AUGUACUCCUUUAGAAAAUUGCAGGCCAUAGUCUUGGGCCACGCCGACGACUGCGACCAUGACCACGAAAAAGACGCUCUUUGCAGCACCCUGAAAGCCUCAGACGUACCCGUUUCUUUGGCGGACUGUCGGUCAUGUUCCGACCCCUGUGACUUGGGUGGGUAUUUUGCGAACUUGCUCUCGUUAUCUGAUAACGAACACGUUCUUCUUCAAAAGGACACCAUGAAGCUUAUCCUCGCCGCUUCGACAUCGACAUGGACACUCAAAUGCUGGGCUCUGUCAAGCCGUACCACCGCCAGGUAUAUUUUGGUCUCUCCUCUUUCAAUCGCCCAACUCCAUACCAUCCAGAUCGUCAUUUCCACAGGCCGCUCAGAUUGGGAACGCGAGGUCACUGAAGCAACGGGUUCUCUCGCAGCUUACAUGCUUCAGGUCUCUACAAGUUCAAAUUUGAACACUCCAAAACCCUCAUCUCCUCCGUCCAAUGGGAAAUCUUCCUCUUCAUCAACUGGCCUGUUCAAUCCCUCACAGUCAACAAGGACAUCAAUAUUAAACGGCAGCCACAACACACUAUGCCAUGAAGAAGAUCACGAAACCGUCCUCAUUUUCCCCGACUUCAAAGUGGCUUCGGAGGUCCGACGUUCCAUGCAAGGUGCCCAGGAUCUGUGGGAUAGCUCCGUCGCCCCGGGGAUCGGCCGCGGUGGUGCGUUCCUGGAAAAAAGCACACUUAGGACCUGGGUAUUACCGUACGCUUGUGUGAUCCUCUUGUGUUCUCAUAAAAAACGGGAUAAUAGGUGUGGAAUUGCUGCACCCAAACUGGAACACGCCUUCAUCACAUCAUUAGAAUCUCAAGGAUGGGACGCCGUCAAGCAUGUGGAGUGUCCUUCUUUGACCAUGGGGCCUCCGUUGGAGGAAAUGGACGUCACUCCAGAAGAGCGAGAGGAGAACAUUGCAUCACAUCUCCGGGACAGCACGGAAUCUAAACGUGCUCUCAUCAUCAAGACCUCACAUGUCGGCGGGCACAAGUACGCCGGUAACUGCAUCAUUUACACACCCUCAGGUUCCGGCGUUUGGUAUGGCCGCGUCACACCGCACGACGUCGACUCCAUUGUGGAAAACACCAUCAUCAAGGGUCUCGUUUUACCGCCCCUCCUACGGGGAGGUUUGAAUCUCUCAAGACCCAACUGCAAGAGCCUCAACGACUGGUAA